UGGAUUUUUUCGUCGCGAGCACGCGACAUGGAUGCCCUGGAAUUGCAAGCGGCCCUGGUCAAGCUAGAUCCGGCCACCACGGUUACACCGAUCGGUUCGAACGUGAAAAUGCUGCCACCACCGCCGCCACCUCAUCAUCGCCAUCAUCAUCAUCAUCGUAUCACGUUCACCGCCGAUCUGGACGUGAACGAUCUGACGGUGGAGAGCGCGGUGCAAAACGACGCGAAGUCGAACACCAUCGUGUCGACGACGUUGCAGACAAGUAGGAAGCACUGUUCCGUACAGCUGACUGUACCCAGACGUCAGAACAACGACCCGAACAACCCGCAGAUAGAAGUGUCGAGGUGCGAGAUGGCUGAGGUCAGGUGA